GGCAAAAGAAUAGCACGACACUGUAUUCACUUGAUACAGAUCCGGUAUUUUUCUUUAAAAAGGUAGACCUAUAUACUGAUUUUAGAUUAGCCUCCAACAAACUCGACCGCUUCGUUAAGAGCUGUAUGAUAACUGAAUGCGUAACAAUUAUUCCUCGAAAUCGGAACAAAGGUUUGGUUCCUGCAGUUCACUGUUUCUCUCCGGAGCCAUAACAGAGUGAAACGCAGUCUCUGGAAGAGGGAAAACAGAAGAUGGCACGUUCCAAAUCAGCUUUGGUCUUGUGCAUGGAUGUUGGGUUCUCCAUGUCCAACUCCGCCCCGGGCGAAGAGCCAACCUUUGAACUUGCGAAAAAAGUAAUUCAGAAGUUUGUCCAGCGCCAGGUUUUUGCAGAGACCAAGGAUGAACUGGCUUUAGUUCUAUUUGGCACUGACUCCACCAAUAACUCACUGGAGCAGGACGACCAGUACAAGAACAUCACCGUCCAUCGGCACCUUAUGGUGCCUGAUUUUGAGCUUCUGGAGGAAAUAGAGAAUCAGAUCCAUCCAGAGAGUCAGCAGGGUGAUUGGCUGGAUGCUCUUGUUGUGUGCAUGAAUCUCCUUAAGACAGAAACACAGGGGAAAAAGUGUGAUCGUCUCAACAUUGUCCUCCUGACUGACCUUAACACGCAGGCCAGCUCAGAGCAGCUCGAUGUCAUUAUUGAAAACCUGAAACAAGCCAACAUCACCCUGCAGUUUUUUUUGCCAUUCCCAGUGGAGGAGGAUGAAGAGGGUGAAGGAGAUUCUGGCGAAGGAGGCCCCAGUCACCCAGGCACAGGAAAAGGUCUGUCCAGGGAACAGGAAAGUGGCCUGGACAUGGUGAAACACAUCAUGCUGAGCCUGGAUGAGGAGGACGGCCUUAAUGAAAUAUACUCCUUCAGGAAAGCAAUCGAGCAGCUGUGCAUGUUCAAGCGUAUCGAGAGGACACCCAUGGCCUGGCCCUGUCAGCUGACCAUCGGCAGCUGCCUGUCUAUCCGUAUUGUUGGAUACAAAGCAGUGACUGAGGAGAAACUGAAGAAAACGUGGACUACAGUCGAUGCUCAAACAAACCAGAAGGAGGACGUGAAGAGAGAAACUGUCUACUGCAUGGAUGAUGACAAUGAGACAGAGGUGCCAAAUGAGGAUACCAUCCAAGGUUUUCGUUAUGGAAGUGAUAUUGUUCCCUUCUCCAAAGUUGAUCAAGAACAUAUGAAAUACAAGCACGACGGAAAAUGCUUUGCUGUUCUCGGAUUCACCAAACAGAAUGCGAUACACCGCAAUCAGUUCAUGGGGACUCAAGUCAUCAAGAUUUUCCCUGCCAAAGAUGAUGAGCAUGCAGGAGUUGCACUGUCCUCUCUCAUCCGAGCACUAGAUGAACUCAACAUGGUGGCCAUUGUACGGUACGCGUAUGACCGACGCGCUAAUCCUCAAGUAGGAGCAGCUUUCCCGUACAUCAAGCUGGACUAUGAGUGCCUGAUGUACGUCCAGCUGCCCUUCAUGGAAGACCUGAGACAGUUUACAUUCCCUUCCCUUGAAAACAACAAAAAGUUUACUCCGUCAGACACCCAGCUAUCUGCUGUUGACUCCCUCAUUGACUCCAUGAUGUUGGUAGAUAAGGAUGAAAAGGAUAUGUACAAGGUCCAUCACAUUCCAAACCCUGCCUUCCAGAGGCACUUCCAGUGUCUGCAUCAUCGGGCAGUAAGUCCCGGCACCCCGCUUCCCCCCAUGGAGCAAUGGCUGAAGGCUGCUCUUGAGCGCCCUGAUGUCAUUACUGAACGCUGCCAGGCUCCACUCGAGGAGAUGAAGAGGAAGUUUCCUCUCACAGAAGUGGAGAAGAAGAAGAAGGUCAAGACUAGUGCUCAGAUCUUUGGCAAAGACUCUGAGGAGCCAGAUGCCAAGAAGGCAAAAGAAGAGGAAGAAGAGGAGGGUUAUAGCCUGGCUGACAUCGCUGAAGGCUCUGUUACUUCGGUGGGAAGCGUAGAUCCCGCCAGAGACUUCCGGACUCUGCUGAAGAAGAAGAGCCUUUCAUUUGAAGAGGUCUGCCAGCAACUGACUCGCAGGAUAGAGCAGUUGCUUAGCAACAAGAACACACACUACUACAUGAAAAGCAUCACCUGCAUCCAGGCUUAUAGAGAGCAGUCUGUUAAGCUGGGGGAUGCCAAUCUGUACAAUGACUACUUGCAGUCCCUGAAAAGAAGCAUCCCAAACAGAGGGCUAGAGGUCUUCUGGGAUCUGCUUGUUCAAGAUGCCAUUACACUGAUCAGCAAGGACGAGGUUGAAGGAAGCACUGUGUCUAAAAAUGAAGCUAAUCAGUUUCUGAUUACUGAGGAGAAGAAGGACGAGGCUGCUGCACCUCCUGCUGAAGAUACUGGAGAUGUUGAUGACUUGCUGGACAUGAUGUAAGAAAAUAGGGAAGGUCUGCAGCGGACAUGCAGGGAACCGAGAAGAAUGCAUCAUUCAUCAAUUCAGCCGUCCAUUUUUCUGCCUCUGACAUUUGUUUUGUCUAAUAUCAAAUUUAUUUUAUAUUGUUUUCUAAUUUCAAUGUUAAUUAUCAGUAAUGUCAGAACAGUGAAUGCUUAAAAUCUCAGAUUUGUUUGCACUAAAAACCCUUUGUGACUUUACAAAAGAGAGCACUGCCUUGUCCAAUAAACUGCAGGUUUAAUAUCUUAAAGCUUAAUGGUUGAUGAUGAAUGCUCCACGUACAGAUUUUUUUAAUAUAUAACAAAAUAUUGCAAAUUAAUACAGUUUUCCUGACAAAUGUAGUAAAACACAAUGGCCAUGUUGUCAUUUGAUAAUUGAACAGUGCAAAGUAGAAUCGAGUAAACCUGUAUCUUAUAUUAAAAUGCUAGAUAAACAGCA